AUGGUUACCAUGACUCUUUCUUGCAAGCCUGUCACCAAGCCCGAUGAUUCUCGGGUAGACUUUGGGGCUGAACUCACCGGCUUCGACGUUGAAACAAUGACAGAUGACGACUUUGACUUUCUCCGUCGGACAUUGUAUGAGAAUCAAGUCGUCGUGAUCAAAAGCCAAGGCAAACUUUCCCCACGUGCCCAGUACGAACUCACUCGACGCUUCGAUCCUUCCGCCGGUGUUUACAGUCAUGGAAAAUCAAUCGACAAGCGGAGCGUCCUCCAUGCUGACCUGACAACCAUCCCUCAUCAACCGCAAGUCCAAGUUAUCGGCAGCGGCUUGGUCGAAGAGUAUGAGGGACUCUCAAACAUCCGCCUCAAACACCCACACCACAAGACAUUCCACAAGAACCCCAUCUCGCCUGAAGAAGAUCACGACUAUACACACUUCUACCGCUGGCACAUCGACUCGGCCAUGUACAAUCUUGAUCCGCCUUUGGUUACCACGUUGCUGGCUGUCAAAGUCCCCAAGGGCCGCCGCCAGAUCUGCCGCUAUGACGAUGGCACCGACACCACACUUGACGUUCCCCUUGGAACAACCGCGUUUUUCAGUGGAUACCGCCUUUACGAUAUGCUCUCAGAGGAAGAUAAACAUUUCGUCCGCACCAGCAAGGCUGAGUACGCACCUCAUCCAUACAUCUGGAUGAGCAAGGCCAAGUCACGCUCCAAUGGUUUGGGGAUUAUAUCAGAAGGGCUGGAGCUUGCCGAAGACCAGUUGCCUCCUUUUGAGGCUUCUAAGAUCAGGGUGUACCCCAUGGCUUGGAAGAACCCUGUUACUGGCAAGAUCGCAAUGAUGGUUUACCCAACAUGUGUGCGGAAAAUCCAUCUCGAGAACGGGCAGGUGCUGGAUAAUCUGACGGAGAUUCGAGAACGGCUGUACAAGAUGCAAAGACAGGCCAUUGAUCCUUGCUACUUGUAUACCCAUGACUGGGAGGAGGGCGAUCUAGUGCUUUUCAACAAUCAUGGUGUGAUGCAUUCGAUUGUUGGUUCUUUUGAGGAGGAUGAGGUGCGCGUGUUCAGACAAUGUAAUAUGGCAGCUAGUCGACCUCCUUUGGCACCGGAAGAUAGCGUCGUUGAUGUUUAG